AGAGCGUGAUUAACGGGUGGGAUGAAGUCUCGUCUGCGAGACCUCAACCUUCGCUGUGGAGCAUCGUUCUCAGCCAGUUUCACCUGACUGGGGUGGUCACACACACGGUGUUCUGACAGUCUCAACAAUUUUUUUUUGUCAUGUUAUUUUGCAAAACGGCGUCGCACGUAUAUAGGAAAACAUAAAUGAAUUCAUCAUCACAUUCAGCUUCUGUAGCAGGAGUUGAUGAUUCUAUGCAAAAUCUGAACAACAUAGCUUCAAUGUCGUAAAUUUUCCGCCAGUGGUCUUGUUGAGGAGCUUGACAACAUAUGGUUAAAUUGGCAGAAAUGUGAAGGCAUUUCAUUUAUAACAAUAGUAGCAAUACAAUUUGGAAUUACAUAAAAAACAAUGCGAGAAGCGUAAGAAAUAGCUGCCCUUGCAAGUGCAUGAGCGCUACAGUUUGCUUGCCGCCUAGCAAACACAACUUUGUAGUUGUUGUGUCUCCUAAAAAAAUUCCUACAAUCUUGCAGGAUCAUGCCAUACUCUGAUCUAUUUUCUUUCCCAUUAUGCACAUCCUCCAUCACCACAUUGAAGCUAAAACAAACUCCAACAUUCUGCCUCUGUAACUGUCAUGACAGCAUGACAAAAGUCUGUCAUAGCACCAAUAAAGGUACCUUCUGCAUCCCUCAAACAGGCCCCAAUACCUUCUGCAUCCCUCAAACAGGCCCCAAUACCCACCUUCCCUUCUGCUUCAAACACCGCCGCAUUGACAUUGCAUUUGACAUAACCUUCUGGGGGUGGCUGGCUGCCACCGUAAGUUAUUCUCCUGCUGCCUGUUUUUAUCACGGUCAUUUCUACGAUGCUGUGCGUAUUGCCAUGCCUGCAACACCCCUUGCGCACGAUGAAUUACUUGCUCAACCGUCUCAAUUUUCUGCUCCCAUAGUUGCAAAUUGCGCUUUUUCCAUAUGCUCCAGGAUGUCAUUGCAAAUAAAACUAUUUGAUCAGUAGUAAAUAUCUGCAACAUCUUGAAAAACAUCAUAAAAACUUUCAGCAUUAUCCAUCAAAGGUUCCAGCGCUGGCCACAAGCCUAGUUUUCUCCAACAGCUUACACUAUCAGCACAACAUAGGAAAAGAUGCCAGUUGUAUUCAGUAUAAGUUUGGCAAAUAACACAAUUUGAAUUACAAUCAAUGCCCUUACUAAUUAACCUUUGUCUGUUUGGUAAACAAUUCCUUCCAAGACGCCACACAAAAUGCUUAACCUUCGGAGGAAUAGGUAAUGACCAAAGCUUUUUCCAGUCACCUUCUACUUUCCAUUCAUCUCUGUUUAUUAUAAUAUGGACAUAAACACGAUAAGCACUUUUCACUGAAUACAAACCUUUUUUGUCAUACCGCCAUAUUAUAGAAUCCUUAUUUGUAAGAUUAACAAGUGGAAUCUUGAGAAUUUCAUGAGCAUCCCUUUCAUUAAAUAAGCUACCAACAAGAGAUGCAUUCCAACUUCUCAGCUUUGUCUAUCAACAUGCUAACAGUGGCUGAAGCUAUAAGCUGAAUGCAAGGAGUUGAUAAAACUGGACUCUUAUCAUUCCUAAGCCAAGGAGUAUUCCAAAUCUGUAUAUCAGCACCAUCACCAAUUCUCCACCGGUAUCCUUCCUUCAACAAUAUACGAGAAGACCAGAUGUUACGCCUAACAUAACUAGAAAUGUCAUAAAUUUGUGGUCUUGUUGAGGAGCUUGACAACAUAUGGUUAAUUAAAUUGGCAGAAAUGUGCAACAUCCCAGUUCCUAUGGAGGUUGUAAAGUGAGUAUUUUACCAAACUCAUUCAUGAAUCCAUCAUUUGGACUAUGCACUGGUUUUCAACAAAUCCUUCAAACUCAACUUUGAAAAGAUAUAUGGUAUAACACAAUCAGGUUCUACAAACUGUAGUUGAUCUGUUCAAGAGGAAGAAUGAUGAUCUCAUUGCAUUCGAUGAAGACCCUUACACGAGAUCGAUCAAGCUCGAACGACAUUGCUUUGGAGAAUUUUCUAUGGCUAAUGCUCAAGCCAAUACAAUUAUGGAAGACCAAAGCCAAGUUGAAGUUGCCUCUCACAAUGCACUCUAUCUUGGAGUUUACGAUGGCCAUGGUGGCGUCGAAGCAUCGCUCUAUGUUCUUAAUAACCUCUUCAACAAUCUAUUGUCGUUUGCUCAUGAGAAUGAUAACGCUAUAACUGCGCUGACUUUGAGGGAUGCGGUUGUGUAUACUGAACGUUGUUUUUUGAAUUAUGUCAAAAAUAAUAUUGUUCAAAUUCGGACGAUCGGAAAAGUUGGUUCUUGCUGUCUUGCUGGGGUUUUGUGGAAGGGUGUGCUGUAUGUCGCGAAUCUUGGAGAUUCGCGUGCUGUAAUUGGAUCUGUGGUUGACAAAAGAGUCAGUGCUGUACAAUUGACAAGAGAUCACAAUUGUAAUGAUCCAGGUAUUCGACAAGAACUCAAAUCAAUGCAUCCCGGUGAUGAUACCAUUGUGAUGGAGAAUAAUGGGUGGCGCGUCAAAGGCAUCAUUAUGGUAAGUAGAAGUAUUGGCGAUGCAUAUUUGAAGAGACCUCCAUUUUCGUUGCUGAAUUCGUUCCCGACGUACGUAGAAGUUCCUCAUCCUUUUGAGAGAGGAGUGGUAUCUGAAGAACCAGAGAUGCUUACUAGAGAUAUAGCAGAAACUGAUAAGUUUCUUAUAUUUGCUUCUGAUGGACUCUGGGAGCUCAUGUCAAAUGAUCAAGCAGUUCAAAUUGUUCAUAAGAAUCCAAGAAAUGGAAUUGCUAAGAGGCUUCUGACUACUGCUCUAGUGGAAGCUGCUAGAAGAAGGAAUGUUAAAUAUAGGGCCAUGAUGACUACGACUCCAGGAAAGGAACUUAAUGUUGGCAGGAGGACUUUUCACGACGAUAUAAGCGUGAUCGUCGUGUUCUUGGACAACAAGACGCCGCUUAUCAAGAAGCACAUACAUGAUCUUUCCUACAGAGGCUCAACUGAUGGGAGUCAACCAUCGGGCUUUGCACUGUCUGCAUUAACUGUCGCGGAAUCGCACUCAUUUACGGGGGAUCUUAAGAAAAGUUUCAAAAAACGGUUUAAGGGAUCAACCUCGAAGGGUCAGAGCUCUAGGACUGCUGAGGGUCUGCACCUUCUUGAUAUGGAAAGGACCUCUGGGGAUCAGACUGAGAGCUCUAAGGGAAAAAGCCAUUGGGACACUCUGAGAAAGCAUCUGAAAUGGAAGAAGCAUUAAACCGAAGAAUGUGAAAACUGUUUAGAGAUCUGUUAACUCUACUGGUUUUUUUUUCCUUUUACUGCAUCAAAUUGGAUUGUAGAAGUUUCAAUUUUCUGUGAUACAUUGAUUUUUCCUCAGUUUUUUAGGCAUCAUACAAAUUUUAAUAAGUGUCCUGGAGUUUAUGUAACACAAGGAUUAUACUUGGAACUAUAUACAUAGAAAAUAAAAUUGGAUGAUUCAGUCUAGUUUUUGAAAUAAAAGUUAGAAAAUGUUC